AUGGCCAAACCUGGGAAAAGGAUUGCAGCUCAUGGGGCAAGAUGCUUUUCCAAGAUCAAGAUGUUUCUGUUGGCAACAUCAUGCGCAUAUAUAACCAAAUCACUAUCAGGAACUUAUAUGAAUUCUAUGCUCACACAAAUAGAAAGACAAUUUGACAUUCCCACAGCUAUAGUUGGACUGAUCAAUGGGAGCUUUGAGAUUGGAAACCUUUUGUUGAUUAUAUUUGUGAGUUAUUUCGGAACAAAACUGCACAGGCCUAUCAUGAUUGGUGUUGGAUGUGUGGUUAUGGGCCUAGGAUGUUUCAUAAUAUCACUACCUCAUUUCCUGAUGGGCCGAUACGAAUAUGAAACAACGAUCUCACCUUCAAGCAACUUGUCCUCAAACAGCUUCUUGUGUUUGGGAAACAGAAGCCAGACCUUACUGCCAACACCAGAUCCAGCAGAGUGCAUGAAAGAAAUUAAAUCCUCAAUGUGGAUAUAUGUAAUGGUAGGAAAUCUUAUUCGUGGAAUUGGUGAAACUCCCAUCAUGCCCUUGGGUAUUUCCUACAUAGAAGAUUUUGCCAAAUCUGAAAACUCCCCUUUAUACAUCGGGAUUCUAAAAAUAGGAAUGAGCAUUGGUCCUUUGAUUGGAUUAUUGUUGUCAACCUUUUGUGCAAACAUUUAUGUAGACAUUGGGUCUGUGAAUACAGAUGACCUCACCAUAACUCCCACUGAUACACGCUGGGUCGGUGCUUGGUGGCUCGGCUUUUUAAUCUGUGCAGGAGUGAAUGUCCUGGCCAGCAUUCCCUUUUUCUUUUUUCCCAAAACACUCCCAAAGGAAGGACUAGUGUAUAAUGAAGAUGCAACUACAAGUGACAAGGAAGAGAAACACCAAGAAAAAGCCAAGGAGGAAAAACGUGGAAUCACUAAAGAUUUCUUGCCAUUCAUGAAGAGCCUCUUAUGUAAUCCAAUUUACAUGCUUUUCAUCCUCUCAAGUGUGAUCCACCUCAACUCAAUUGUCAUUAUUAUUACCUUCAUGCCUAAAUACUUGGAACAGCAAUAUGGAAAAUCAACUGCAGAGAUAGUCUUUCUCAUAGGUAUUUAUACCUUACCUUCAAUCUUUGCUGGAUAUUUCACUGGUGGCUUGAUUAUGAAGAAGUUCAAGAUUACUAUCAAGAAAGCUGCAUACAUAGCAUUCUGUGUAUCCUUGACUGAGCACCUUCUAUUUUUCUUUUUCUUUAUGAUGGCCUGUGAUAAUUUGCCAGUUGCUGGCUUAACCACCUCUUAUGAAGGAAUUCAGCAGCAUUUGUAUGAGGAUCAUAAGGUGCUUGCUGACUGCAACACAAGGUGUAGAUGCUCAAAUAAAACGUGGGAUCCAGUGUGUGGAGACAACGGCCUAUCGUACAUGUCAGCCUGCCUUGCAGGCUGUGAGAAGUCUGUUGGAACAGGAAUCAACAUGGUGUUUCAUAACUGCAGUUGCAUCCAGUCUUCAGGAAGUUCAUCUGCAGUCCUUGGGCUGUGCAACAAAGGCCCUGACUGUACUGUAAAGCUGCAGUACUUUUUAAUAUUGUCAUCAAUUGGCAGUUUCAUCUACGCGCUAGCAGCCUUACAUGGGUAUAUGGUUUUUCUGAGGUGUGUCAAGUCUGAAGAGAAGUCACUUGGAGUUGGAUUACAUGCAUUUUGCACAAGAACAUUUGCUGGCAUUCCGGCACCUAUUUAUUUUGGCGCUUUAGUAGACCAAACCUGUAUACAUUGGGGAACUCUGAAAUGUGGUGUGCCUGGGGCAUGCAGGAUGUAUGAUAUAAAUAAUUUGAGGCGCAUUUACCUUGGGUUGUCAGCAGCUCUAAGAGGAUCAAGCUACCUCCCGGCAAUCUUCAUUCUAAAACUUAUGAGGAAGGUCCAACUCCCUGGGGAAACUGACUCUUUAGAGACUGAACAUGCAGAGAUGAAGCUCACAGAGAAGGAAAGUGAGCACAUGGAUGUGCACAGAAGUCCUGAGGUUGAGAAUGGCAGAGAAUUGAAAACGAAGCUGUAA